AUGAAUUCGUACUGUGGAUUUGCACUUUUAGUAUUGCUUGUCACAGCUGUGAAAGUGCAUGGCCAGGCUUGCCCAGAAGGUUCAAAUGUUGCUAAAAUGUGUGUCCCUGGCACAUACUCUGGGGAGCGCGUGCUCAUUGAUACAUCAUCCUACGACCCGGCUAUCAGUAACUGCUCUUGUACAUUCGGAACAACCUCCAGUGUUAUGAAGCUUGUCACAUACGUCGCACCCAACUACCCAGAAUGCAAUUCUGCCAUAAGACUAUAUUCAUCAUCAGGAAACAGCAUACGUUUUCAGUGUUUAAUGUCAGGUACUUACCUUGAUACGUCACAAUACAACGUUGGUGUGACGACGUUUGAGACGUACGCCGACUCGUACGACAAAAACUACUGCCUCGUUUUGGAAAUUGCUGGACGAGUUGGAGAUACUGUUACAGUGUCCUGUUCUGCAGACACACCAGACGUACAAACAACCACUUUAUCUGAAGUUCAAACGGCGACUGUGUCUGCUGUUCAAACAACCCCAGUAUCUGAUGCUCAAAGAACCACUGUAUCUGAUGCCCAAACAACCCCUGUAUCUGAUGCCCAAAUAACCCCUGUAUCUGAUGCUCAAAGAACCACUGUACCUGAUGCUCAAAGAACUACUGUAUCUGAUGCUGAAAGAACCACGGUACCUGAUGCUCCAAUAACCCCUGUAUCUGAUGCGCAAACAACCCCUGUAUCUGAUGCCCAAAGAACCCCUGUAUCUGAUGCUCAAAGAACCACUGUACCUGAUGCUCAAAGAAAUACUGUAUCUGCUGCUGAAAGAACCACGGUACCUGAUGCUUCAAUAACCACUGUGUCUGAUUCUCAAAUAACCACUGUAUCUGAUGCUCAAAGAACCACUGUAUCUGAUGCCCAAAGUACCACUGUAUCUUAUGCCCAAAGAACGACUGUAUCUGAUGCCAAAAGAACGACUGUAUCUGAUGCCCAAAGAACCACUGUACCUGAUGCCCAAAGAACCACUGUAUCUGAUGCCCAAAGAACCACUGUAUCUGAUGUUCAUGCAACCACUGUGUCUGAUGUUCAAACAACCCCCGUAUCAUACGUUUCACUGGACAAAACAGAUGUUAUAAAUAGCACAGCAACUGAUAUAAAUAAAACCACUGUCGACGCGGCAGUUGAUAAUACAGUCAUAACAAAUGAAACUAUUUCUUCCAGUAUAAAAAUGUUUACAGCGGGUACUUCAGAUACCACAAAGCAACAAACUGCAGAAUCAACCUCUCUAUACAAUUCAACAAAGCAACAUAAUACUACCGUCACUGAUGUUAACAACUUGCCUGUUGCUUUGGUGAUGGAACAAUCGGCAAAUACAAACGAGACAAGUUUCUCUGGAAUAGAACUAUCAACAACAGGUAAUUCAGCUAUCACAACACAAACUGCAGAAUUAAAAUCUCUAAACAGUUCCGCACAGCACAAUUAUAGUACCAUGAUCGAUAAAAUCGACAUGGCUGUUGAUUUGGUAAUGGAACAACCAACAAUUACAAAUGAGACCAGUUCCUCAAGAACAGAAAUAUCGACAACGGAUACUUCAAUCACAGCAACAGAACAACCUGCAGAACAAACUACUCUGUACAGUUCAACAAAGCGACAAUAUGAGCCGUCAUUUACUACAACUAUACCUCAAAAUCUAAACUUGAUGUUCACGAGCUCUCCUUUUGACAAUAUCAACAACACCGACACUACAAUACAGAAUGCUACUGACGGCAAUGUAGAACUUUCCACAGUAAACUCUACAUCAAAUACAACUGAAGCCAAUCCUAAAGAUGUUUUGACUGCUAUACAUACUGGUACAAUCCUUUUCAACGGAGGCGGUUCUGGUGUGUCCAAAACAAUACAAAACAUAGAUUCAGUACCGGUGGAUAUUUUACUUGAUGGAAGUCAAGUAGCCGAAACAACGACAUCUAAUCAAAUUACGACAUCUAAUCAAAUCAUGCCGGAAGCUUCUACUUCAAAUCUAGACCAAAUUAAAACAUUUAAAACAGAUUUUCUGUCACAUUCCGAUAUUUCCGGAACGACCUUGCCAACAGAUAUAUCUAAUUCACUGAUAAUGAGUGUCAGUUCUUCUUCUAUGGAAUCAGACUUGGCCGGAACUACACAUAACAUAUCAGAAACAAAUAAUGCAGAUUUUUCAAUACAAUUUCCAUCUUUUGAUCCAGUGACGGUUGAACCAGAGCAAAAUACGACUGCAAGUAAAGCCGAUCUGAAGACUAUGUACACAUAUGAUACACACAAUAUAAAUAAUACGUUAAAUCUAACCACCGAUUAUGAAAAUAGUAGUGUCAAUGAGACUACAAGCUUCAGUGUCAAUGAAACGAAUACUGAUAAUAGCAACAGGUUUGAUGUAGGAACUUCUGAUUAUCAAAUGGACAGAUUUGCUGUUAAAAUGGACUAUCCCACUGUGACAAACACAGUUGCAGAAAACGCUGUGUCAAGCACUGAAAUGAAUUUCAGUGCGUUCAAAACGUCUCCUUACACAACCCACGAAGCACGUGUUGUCAUGGAAAGCUCGGAGCCAGUUGAUGUUGUCGCAAAAAUGUCUGAAAAGCUAUUUGAACCAGCAGAAAACUCAACUUAUCCAGUUCCAAAUGAGUUUAUUAGUACUAAAGAUAUUUCCAAAAGUAAUGGGAACAUAACCAAAAUAUUAGAAAAUUUUGGAUCAAGUCCAGCAGUGGUUUCCGAACUAAUUCCAACUACAACUCCCGGAUUUCUGCCACAAGUGACAGAUUCAUUGGUAAACAACCUUACACAGAAUAGAGUUCCGGGAGGGUUAGAACAAAAUACUCAAGUGAACAUCAGUGAAAUUGACAUUUCUACUAAUGUUCCUUUUAUGUUUGAAUCACCAAUUAGUGUUUCGGACAAAAUAAAUGAAUCAGUUAAUAAUUUAUCCAGAAUAGUAAACAAAGGUCUAGGUAGUGUUGUUGAUCCACUGGCUGUAAACGAUGUGACAUAUUCUGAUGUGCCGACCAUACCAAGUCCAUUAGAAGUUAUGUAUAAAGAGCCAUCAAUGCCUGACACAACAUUUAACAAGGCCGAUGGGAAUUUUAGAGGCUCUUACGAUGCAUCAGCAUUUUCGCCAGAGAGUAAACUUUCAGUGUUUAGUAGUACUGUAACAGACACUGGAUUAGGCAAGAGGAGCACUCCUGAAACUACAACAAGUGGUAUGCUGGUAGAGAAAACCACUGAUUACAGCUCUAGCUUUGAUUUUACUAACUAUUUGUCUCAUAUGGCACCAGAUACAAACAUUGCGGAACCACCAAGGGAACUCUUCACAGAAACAUCCACUGAAACAGUACCAGAUUUUGGGAAAAGAAAUAUACAAGAUACCUCAUUCAUUUACAGAGAAAACCAACCUAUGUUCGUAGCUAAUGCAACUGACGUAACGUCAUCAUUUAUGAGGACGAUUGAUUCAGCUCAUCAGGAAAGCUUGUAUUCCCCCGUAAUGAAUUCGUCUACAAUUACCCCAGAGAGUAGCUUACAAACUACAGAGCAGUCGCCAGUCGUUUAUGGAGGCGAUAUACCUAUAUCAGCGGUAAACCUGACACAGACUGGACCUAAUGUUGUUGAUCGAGACUCAUUUGUCUCUGCUGGUACUACUUUCUUACCCAAGGUCAUUUCCAGCGAUGCAUCACCGAUUUUCAACGAAAAUAAGGUAAAUCAUUUGUCCUUUGUCCAUAGCCUGAAUGAGCCUAUACCUGAAGUCAGCGUGACAGAACCAACAUCAGAAGUUGUCACAGAAAAUCUAGAUAAUUUGUCCUUUAUUCGUCGCGUGGAUAUGCCUUCUUUAGAAGUAUCACAUAAUGAUAUGACAGAAGUCAGUAAAACAGCUUCUGACUAUUCAACACCACCAGAGAGUGUAGCGAGUGCUAUAUUGUCAGAGCAGACAACUGUUUCCAGUACAACAACUGAUGGAACUAUAAAUGACGGUAAUAUUGAUCAACACAAUUUACUCACCGCAACAGAAACCGUUCCAUUGAAUAUCAACAGCGAGACAAUGAAAGAAGUAACAACUCAUGGUACAGUUAUUCCAGUGACCCAAGACUUACCAACAACCGCAUUCACCGCUGGAAACGGGGUUCAUACUGAGAAGUUGAUGAUCAUGAAUGAUGCCGAACAGUCAACAAUCAAACCCUCAGCUAUAUCAGAUGUAUCUGAAAUGCUAGAAAUGUCUACAGACAUACCUAUAAGUAUUGUUCCUGAUAUGCAAAAAUCAUUUUUUAGAGAAACUGCUUCUGAAAUACAAACGACUACUUCUAAAGAAACUGCUUCUGAAAUGGAAACAACAACUUUAAUUGGAACUGAUCUUGAAAUGCAAACAACAACUUUUACAAAAACUGCGUCUGAAAUAAAAACAUCAACUGUAACAGAAGCUGCUCCUAAUAUGCGAACGACAACUUCUACAGGAACUGCUACUGACAUAUCAACUACAACUUCUGAAGUGCAAACAUCAGUCGUUACAGAAAAUGUUCUCGGUGUGCGAACAAAAACUUCUACAGAAACUGCUGCUGAAAUGCAAACAUCAGCCGUUACAGAAAAUGUUCCUGAUGUGCAAACAACAACUUUUACAGAAACUGCUUCUGAAAUGCAAACGUCAGCCGUUGCAGAAAACACUCCUGAUAUGCAGACAACAACUUUUACGGGAACUGUUGCUGACAUGUCAACAACAUCUCCUACAGAAACUGCUUCUGAAAUGCAAACAUCAGUCGUUACAGAAAAUGCUCCUGAUAUGCAAACAACAACUUCUAUACAAUCUGCAUCCGAAACGCAAACAACAACUUCCAGAGAAAUUAUUCCUGUAAUUGUCGAAGACGUAAUGGUGCAAAAGAAUAUUCAAAAUGAAUUAGCUGUUUCUGAGAUUAAAGAUUAUAUCGAGAGUUCUACAAAUGCAAAUGUACCGUCAAAUGUAUUAGCCGAUAUUGAAAAACAAAUCAUUCCUGAAAUAAAACCUUCCUUAAAGACUUCAGUAGAUGGAAAAGCAGCAGAUAUGGAACAAAGCACUAUUCCUGCGACGAGCACUCAGGAUGUAGAACAGUCAACAGAAAAGACGAAGGAGAUUCCUGCCACAAAACAGGACACCGCUUUCAUAAACGAAGCUAUUCCAGAACCAAUAAACCCAAAGCGUCCCUCACAUAUGAAUACACCAACUACACCUAGACAAAGUUUGAAAAUGAUUGAAGAGUCGGUAGUAGUUUCUGAUGCAGCUGAUCCCGUGAACACGAAGACGGAUAAGGCCGGUGACAGUGGUAUGAAUGUUUACUUCGACACUGGCAGUAGCAAGAGUUCAGCAUUUGACAUGAACAAUGAUACAUACAUAAUUGUUGUUGGUGCUAUUGUUGGUCUAGUGGUAUUGGCAGUUGUGAUUGGAAUAUUUUGUCACAAUGGCAGAAAACGACGCUCUGAAAAGGUCAAUAUCAGCGGAAAUAACGCGGAAGCAGUCAAUCACCAGAACCAGGCGUUUGAUAACGAGGCUGCCGAUGCUGAGCAAGGAACCAGCGUUAUACAAAAUGGCGGAGAAAAACCUCUAGGAGAAUCACCGGAAGUAAAUGGAAGUGCCAGUGACAAAUCUGCAGAUGUGUAUAAUGGAAAUGUUGAGUUAUAA